UAAUGGAAUUUUGGAGCAAGACAGACUAGUCUAGAAAACGGCGAAAAUUGAUCCAAAACGUUCCACUAGUAUCACUCCACCUUCUCCAUGCACCUGCUUACUUGUAUUGACACCGCUAGAAUUUAACUACCCUUUCUCUCUUUCUGGCACUACAUAAGCACCGCUUCCUUUGCUGUAGUCUUUCAUACCAAAAUUAAGAGCCAGUAAACUACACUAAACUCUAUCAAGAAAGCUAUUGAAUCUUUUUCUAUUUUCAAAUGGCGGACAUGCAGAUGACGGAAACUGAAGCUGAGACCUUUGCUUUUCAAGCAGAGAUAAACCAGCUUCUUAGUCUGAUCAUUAAUACUUUCUACAGUAAUAAGGAGAUUUUUCUUCGUGAACUUAUUAGCAAUUCCUCUGAUGCUCUGGACAAGAUCAGAUUUGAGAGCUUAACGGACAAGAGCAAGCUUGACUCUCAACCUGAGCUCUUUAUAAGGAUUGUGCCUGAUAAGGUUGACAAGACCCUGGCUAUUAUUGAUAGUGGCAUCGGCAUGACUAAAGCAGAUUUGGUCAACAACUUGGGUACAAUUGCGAGGUCUGGUACAAAGGAGUUUAUGGAAGCAUUGCAGGCUGGGGUUGAUGUGAGCAUGAUUGGGCAAUUUGGUGUUGGUUUUUACUCGGCUUAUCUUGUUGCUGAGAAGGUGGUUGUCACCACAAAGCAUAAUGAUGAUGAUCAAUAUGUUUGGGAGUCUCAGGCUGGAGGGUCUUUCAUUGUCAGGAAGGAUGUUGAUGGAGAACCGUUAGGUAGAGGAACCAAAGUCACCCUCUACCUGAAGGAAGAUCAGUUCGAGUACUUGGAGGAAAGGAGAUUGAAGGACCUUGUAAGGAAGCACUCUGAAUUCAUCAGCUACCCUAUCUACCUCUGGACUGAGAAGACUAUUGAGAAAGAGGUCAGUGAUUAUGAGGAUGAGGAAACCAAGAAGGAAGAUGAAGGAGAUGUGGAAGAUGCUGAUGAGGAUAAAGAGGACUCUAAGAAGAAGAAGAAGGUUAAGGAGGUGACUCAUCAAUGGGAACAUAUUAACAAACAGACGCCAAUUUGGCUGCGGAAGCCUGAGGAAGUCACCAAGGAAGAGUAUGCCUCCUUCUACAAGAGUAUCACUAAUGACUGGGAGGAGCCUCUUGCUUGGAAGCACUUCUCUGUGGAAGGGCAGCUGGAGUUUAAGGCUUUACUAUUUGUUCCGAAACGGGCCCCAUUUGAUCUUUUUGACACACGAAAGAAAAUGAACAACAUCAAACUCUAUGUCAGGAGGGUGUUUAUUAUGGAUAACUGCGAAGAGCUCAUUCCUGAAUAUCUAGGAUUUGUUAAGGGUGUUGUUGAUUCUGAUGACCUGCCACUUAAUAUUUCUCGUGAAAUGCUACAACAGAACAAGAUUCUCAAGGUCAUCAAGAAGAACUUGGUGAAGAAAUGUAUUGAAAUGCUCAGUGAUAUAGCAGAGAAUAAGGACGACUAUAACAAAUUCUACGAAGCUUUCUCUAAAAACCUUAAGUUGGGGAUCCAUGAAGAUAGUCAAAACCGAUCCAAGCUUGCUGACUUGCUUAGGUACUACUCCACCAAAAGUGGUGAUGAGAUGACCAGCUUUAAGGACUAUGUCACAAGAAUGAAAGAAGGCCAGCAACAUAUCUACUACAUUACUGGUGAGAGCAAGAAAGCUGUCGAGAACUCUCCAUUCUUAGAGAAGCUAAAGAAGAAGGGAUAUGAGGUGCUUCUCAUGGUUGAUGCAAUUGAUGAGUAUGCUGUGACACACUUGAAGGAAUACGAUGGCAAGAAACUAGUGUCAGCAACCAAGGAAGGGCUUCAACUUGAAGAGUCUGAGGAGGAGAAGCAGAAGAAAGAAGAAAAGAUGAAGUCAUUUGACAACUUUUGCAAGAAAAUCAAGGAAAUCCUUGGAGACAGGGUGGAGAAAGUUAUGGUGUCCGAUAGAAUUGUGGACUCACCUUGCUGCUUGGUGACUGGAGAAUAUGGAUGGACUGCAAAUAUGGAAAGGAUCAUGAAAGCUCAGGCUUUAAGAGAUAGCAGCAUGAGUGCCUACAUGUCUAGCAAGAAAAUCAUGGAAAUUAACCCUGAUAAUUCCAUAAUGGAGGAGCUCAGAAAGAGGGCAGAGGCUGAUAAGAACGACAAGUCGGUGAAGGACUUAGUUCUGUUGCUCUUUGAGACUGCCCUUCUGACUUCUGGUUUUAGUCUUGAUGAUCCUAACACGUUUGCAGCAAGGAUUCAUAGGAUGCUGAAAUUGGGAUUGGGAAUUGAAGAGGAUGAGGCUGGUGCAGAGUAUAUUGAGAUGCCAGUGCUGGAAGAAGAAAAUGCGGAAAGCAAGAUGGAGGAGGUGGACUAAAGAAUUUCCAAGUGCAUUUAAGAGGAAAUGCGGCAGUCACCUAAUCUAUUCUGGGUUCAUGUUAAACGUUUCCUUUUAAACAUAUAAAUCUGUGAACUCCUAACUUUUGGUUUUGGUUUAUCACUUUUCUUUACUAGGCUCUAGUGAGUGUUGGAGACCUUUUCCAUAAAUUUUGUACUUGUAGGAGCUACUUUAAUUGCAAUAGUUUAUAAAUUAAUCAGUCAUUUAA